ACAACGAAUCAGUUCGUUCGGACGCAUUGUUUAAAGAACCGCUCACCAAUUCGUUUACACUCGAAAGUGUUUCCAGACGUCAUUACAUUUCAUUUUAAAUCAUUUUUGUUUGUAAUUACAUGCAGACUUUGUUUUUGAUAUGUAUUAAUUGCGUCUGACACACCUGAUAGUUUUACUUUUAAAAUUAUCCUCAGAGAGCGAUUAACAAACACUGUGCGAAUCGGUUUGAUCGAAUCAGCAAAAAGAGCCGGUUUAAAGACGAUUCGGUUACUGUAUACUGCAUUCCUAGUAGGAGUAAUAUGGUAGUGUGCCUUUGCGAACAAACCCCUGUAGUUGCAUGUGUGAUGAGACUUAACUCUCGGUCAGUUAUCUGCUUUAUGAAAUACCCGCGAGGCGCUUCCAGUGGACAGAGGAAGUGUCUUCAGAAGGGAUAAACGCAGAGAAGGGACAACUCUAUAUCUUCCAGGCGCAGGGUGAUGGGGAUGGAAGUUAUAUGCGGAUGCUCAAACUAACAGUUCGAGCAGAUGAUAAAUGACAAACAGCACAGACUUUACAGAAAGUGUUUCUUCAUCUGUUAAAUGACUUUUCGUCAUUUUUGUAAACGAUAGCCUAUAGUGUUUGUCUGUAUAUCGAUUCGAAUCGUGUCAACUCGCUGCUGGUUCCUCUGCUUUUAUAAAACCAAUUCUUCACGAAACGCAUCUGAUUUAAAUUUGUGGAAAAUCACAGAGAUCAUCCGUGCGUCUGACUUGGGAAACUAAAAGCACUUCAGCGACAUCCAAUCACUUGCCGUUCUAAAAAAGACAGUAGAAGCUGCACACCACUGAAAGAUGAAGCUUACUGCAUUCAUGUUCCUUCUCAUCAAUUCAGCGACAUCCAUCAAUCUUAAAUACAUCUCCAAGAGAAACUCAGUGGAUGGAUGUAUAGACUGGUCAGUGGACUUGAAGACGUAUCGUGUGUUGGCCGGUGAACCGCUGCGGGUGAAAUGCGCUCUCUUCUAUAGCUACAUUCGCACUAACUACAGUGUGGCCCAGAAUGCCAAGCUGCGGCUCAUCUGGUACAGGAACAAGGGUGAUUCGGAGGAGCCAAUCAUCUUCUCAGGUCAUCGGCUCAGUAAAGAAGGAGAUUCCAUUUGGUUCCGCUCGGCGGAGAUGGAGGACAACGGAUUUUACACUUGUGUGCUCAGAAACUCGACGUACUGUAUGAAGGUGUCCAUGUCGCUGACAGUUGAGGAGAGUGAAGAGGGUUUGUGUUUUAGCAGUCGAAUACGUUACCUGGAGCGGGCAGAGAUCACUAGGAGUAAAAUGAUCACCUGCCCUGACAUUGAUGACUAUCUUGCCCCCUACAAGCAACCCAUCAUGACCUGGUACAAGGUAAAGGAGUGUCAGCGGAAAGACUGGAGAAGCUCAAUAAUCAUAAACACCACCAGCCUGUGGAUCCCUGAGGUGCAGGAGGACGAUGGUGGAAACUACACUUGUGAACUGAAGUACGGCAGUAGAGUUGUGAGGCGGACCACUGAGCUGAAAGUCACAGCCCUUCUUACUACCAGACCACCGAAAGUCUUGUUCCCAAUAGAGAGACGUGCUAAUAUUAUAGACGUUCAACUCGGCAUGCGUCUCAUCUUGGAUUGCAAGGCAUUCUUUGGUUACAGCGGGGACGCUCGGCCCAUCAUCUACUGGAUGAAGGGGGAUAAGUUUGUAGAAGAGUUGGAAGGACACAUAAGAGAAAGUGAAGUCAGGGUGCUCAGAGAGUUUCUGGGGGAGAAGGAGGUGUUGCUAUCGCUGAUCUUUGAUGCUGUGGAGGAGACAGACAUGGGGAACUACACUUGUAAUGUGGAGAAUCACAUCGGCCGUGGUAGUGGAAGUGCCAUUCUGCAGAAGAAGGAUGUGUACAGGCUGGAGCUGGUCGGGGGUCUGGGUGCCAUCAUGCUGUUAUUAGGGAUCUUUACGGCCAUCUAUAAGUGCUUUAACGUGGAAAUCAUGCUUUGUUACCGACAACACUUUGGCAGUGAUGAAACAGAUGACGACAAUAAGGAAUAUGAUGCCUACCUCUCUUACACCAAAGUGGACUUAGAAUCAGUGGAGCGCGAGAUGAGCGAGGAGGAGCAGUUUGCCCUGGAGAUCUUACCUGAUGUGCUGGAAAAACAAUAUGGAUAUAGGCUCUUCAUCCCACACCGGGACCUCAUUCCCAGCAGCACAUACAUUGACGACCUGACCCGAAGUGUUGAGCAAAGCAGGCGUCUUAUUAUCAUCCUGACCCCCGAGUUUGUGGCCAGACGGGGUUGGAGCAUCUUCCAGUUUGAGCCGCGGCUGCACAGUAUGCUGGUGACAGGGGAAAUCAAAGUUAUCAUGAUCGAAUGUUCUGACCUCCGCAACGUUAUUAACUACCAGGAAGUAGAAGACCUGAAGCACACCAUUAGAGUCUUGUCUGUCAUUAAAUGGAUGGGUCCCAAGAACAACCAUCUUAAAUCCAGGUUUUGGAAACAAGUUGUGUACGAGAUGCCGGCUAAGAAAAAAGAGACCGUGUCUCGACGGCAGGUGUUAGAUUCGGGCGAGCAGGGGCUCUUUGGCGACCUGCGUGCCGUAUCGACCGUUGCCAUGACAGCAACCUCAGCAUCCUUAGUGCCGGCUCAUGUUGAAAUUCCAGACUAUAAUGAGCCUGCUCAUCUGCAAAUGCGUCAUUUCUGCCACAGCUAUGAAUACGAGCUGCCCACUUCUGCAAUUGCAACACUUAGCAGCCGUCACAUGUAUUGCAAUUUACCAAUGACGUUGCUAAACGGACGACUGACACAAAAUAACACUGGGAAGGCCAAGAAGGACAUUCACUUGAAUAGCACAUUUGUACCGCUGUCCGGACAAGAACUUUCAAGUGAUAUUUGGUAGAAUAUACUCUAACAAAGCAAUCGCCCGCCGGGACAGAAUCAAAGCUUUGCUGUUUUUAGUUUCCUGUUUCUUUUUAAUCUGCAUGAUAUCAUUUUAAGAUAAAAACAUAAACAUUUCAAUUCAAAGUCUUUUUCUUUAACUACCUGUUAGGUGUUUUCAGAUAGAUGGAGAGCUAUUGAGUCCUUACUUGAAUUUCUUCUUUUUAGAGAUCAAAACAAUAAAUGACUUUGUAUUUCUCUUCAAGGUAUUCACACUAUGUACAGUUUCAUAAUUAUUCUUUUGAAAUAUGACUGCAUAUUUGAGUGAAUCCACAAUAAUGGUUUUAUUUCUGUAGAGCAGAUUACGACUUUGGUUGUUACAGCACAAUAAUGUAAAGACACAAAGACUCUGAGCUUUAAAGAAUAUUAUGUUCUGUUUAUGCAAAUAAAUACUAUUCCAAUUAAAUAAGCACAUUGAUAUUGUUUGUAGCCAAUUAGGAGGAUGUAUUUACAUAUUUGAUUAUUUGCCUUGUCAUUUCUUGUUUUUUAUUUAUUUAUUUAUUUAUUUUCCAGAGCUUGCUUUAUCACUGCAUCAUUGGGUGUUUAUAUGGUGUCUGGUAUUGAAUGAAAACAUUCAGUGUUACCAUUGAUCAAUAUUCCAGUCAG